CAGCCUCAAUGACAAUGGCACGGCAUUUAGCUGGGGUCUACAAAUGGCUGUAUCCAUUUAAUUUUGUUUUUAUCUCAAGGAGGCGAGAUUGACUGGUUACGAAUGGAAUCAUACAGCAAAUAAAUUUGGGAUAUUUUUUGUAGCGGCUACCAUGGAGGAUACAGAGGAGGUACUCAAGAAGGAAGAGAUUGGCCUGGUACAUUACAACCUGGAUGAUGGAUACGGAUCCUCUAACAGCUCUCCUCAUAGCUACUACUGUACCGGAGGGCAGAAGAAGUUAGCAACUAAGUUUCACCAACCUACAGACAUCGAAGAACCACAAGCAAGAUGCCUGGAAGUUCGAUUGAUUGGAGGAACAGCAAAAACCGUGGUCCAUGCUCCACAGAGGGAGACCUGGGGGCGAAACGCAGACUUCCUCCUCUCCAUUAUAGGAUUCGCCGUAGACCUCUCCAAUGUAUGGAGGUUCCCGUACCUCUGCUACAGAAAUGGAGGAGGUGCAUUUCUGAUACCUUACACAUUGAUGUUGGUUUUUGGGGCUGUACCUCUCUUCUACAUGGAGCUCAUACUGGGUCAGUUCAACCGGCAAGGACCUAUAACAUUAUGGAAGAUAUGCCCUCUUUUUAAAGGGGUGGGGAUGUGUGCUGUGAUAGUUGCGUUCUUUGUGUCAUUCUACUACAACGUCAUCAUCGGUUGGGCGCUCUACUACCUAGUCGGUAGCUUAUCUUCAGAGCUACCCUGGCUUUAUUGCAACAAUACUUGGAACACGGACUCCUGCACUCACUUCCAGUUCAACUCGACUAACAGCACUGAUCGAGCAGAACAUAGUCCUGCCUCUGAGUAUUUCAGGAGGGGAGUGCUGGAGAUGGAUCGGAGUGACGGACUUCAUGACCUCGGCUUACCCAAAUUACAGCUAGCCAUAUGUGUCUUCGUUGUGUACUGUGUCCUAUACUUGUCCCUCUUCAAGGGUGUCAAGUCCACGGGUAAAGUGGUGUGGGCCACGGCGACAAUGCCCUACGUCGUCCUCACGAUACUUUUAGUGCGUGGUCUCAUGCUCCCCGGGGCAAUGACCGGCAUCAAGUACUACCUCCAACCGGAGCUUUCCAAACUCAAGGAAACCCAGGUAUGGGUAGACGCUGCAGUUCAAAUCUUCUACUCUGUUGGAGCUGGAUUUGGGGUUCAUCUAGCCUAUGCUAGCUAUAAUAACUUCAACAACAAUUGUUUUUCGGACUGUAUCAUCACAUCCGCUGUCAACAGCUUCACUUCUUUUUUCUCAGGUUUCGUGAUCUUUACAUACCUAGGCUUCAUGAGCCAUAAACAGGGUAUACCUAUCAGUUCAGUUGCUACAGAAGGAGCAGGCUUAGUGUUUCAAGUGUACCCAGAAGCUGUGGCAACACUGCCAGGCAGCCAUUUUUGGUCUCUUCUCUUUUUCUUUAUGCUCAUCAUGUUGGGACUUGACAGUGGGAUGGGAGGUCUCGAAUGUAUCAUAACUGGCCUCAUGGAUGAGUAUGGUGGAAGAUUCAUCGGUAGCAAGUACGUACGAGAGAUUUUCACCUUCGUCAUCGUUGGAAGCUCCUUCUGCAUGGCAUUAGUCAACGUGACACCGGGCGGGAUAUACUUUUUCCAUCUCCUAGAUUCCUACGCAGGAAUGUCUCUUCUUUGUUCAGCACUCUUUGAAGCCAUUGCUGUAGCUUGGUUCUAUGGUCUUGAAAAAUUCUGUCAGGAUGUUACAGAUAUGUUGGGGAAAAAACCAGCUUUAUUCUGGCGUUUAUGUUGGAAGUUUGUGAGCCCAAUCUUCAUUAUUGGAGUGGUGAUCAUUGGUUUGGUCAAUCUCAUCAAUGAACCAUUAUGUUAUGGUGAUUAUGCCUAUCCAGGUUGGGCAGAAGUUAUUGGAUGGUCAGUUUCCCUUACUGCUAUUCUCGCUAUUCCAGGCAUGGCAGUGUGGAGCCUGUACAAAACUCCAGGUACCUUCAAGGAAGUCACUUAUCAUUCCAACACCUUUGCAAAAGCUCCCAUAAGUGUUUUCGUGAUGUUGGAGCAUGAUCUCGGGCAUUCCUAUCAAGUUCUUCAAGUCACAGCAACUCAAUUGGAUUCAGAUUGGGAGACUGAGGGAGAAACGUCUCUGACAGUUUGCGGGUAA